AUGGACCUCUCCACUUCCGGUUUCGACACAGACAUCCCCACUUCCGGCCUCCACCCCUCGAGCAUCCACUGCUCCGACCUCUGCACUUCCGUCCUCCUCACUUCCGGCCUCCUUACUUCCGGCUCCCAGGAGGCCUGGCAGCGGCCGCAGGCAGGGGCGACAGCACAAAGCUCACCGUGCCCGGCCGGGCCCCACGGUGAACCCCUUGACCCCGUGGUCACGACCCUGCAUGGCCGUGCCCCGGAUGUCCUCCCUUCCCAUCCUGCGGCUUCCCCCGAUGGUGACCCGGGGACCUUUGACCCGCGACCCCCGGCCCCGCCCGCCGUGACCCCGCCCCGUGGCGUCUGGAAUGAGCUGGACACGGGCGUGGAGCUGACCCCGGCGGCGCCCGACACGCGUGGAACGGACACGAGUGGAUCUGACUCUGGCACGAUGGACACGCUUGGAAAUGUCACGCGUGGAUCUGAAACUCACACGAUGGUCACACGUGUAAGUAUCACUCGUGAAAGGGACACGAUCACAUCCCUUCCACACUCACCUGAUACACAUGAAGCGCGCAUGCGUGGCUCUGACACACGUGGAAAUGUCAUGCACGCCUCCCCCGCUCCCCCCGUGCUGCGCGAGGCGCCCACGGAGUUCGUGUCGGCCCACGCGGGCCUCACCCUGCACCUGCCCUGCACAGCCCAGGCCUGGCCCCCUGUGGCCCUGCACUGGCGUCUGCCUGACGGGACCCACGCGAGACCCGUGCAUGCGCACACGCACCCUCGACUCAGUGACGUCUACGUCCUCCCCAAUGGCACGCUGGUGCUGCGCCGCCUGCAGGCCCCGCGCCAUGCCGGUGAGUACGAGUGCGUGGCCGCCAACGCGCUGAGCAGCGCGAGACGCACUGUGCACGUCGAAGUCACGCCCGCGCCCGCGCGUCUCCCCCCCAGCGUCCGACCCCGAGGCCCGCUCGCCAUGCGCGUGCCCCACGGCGCUGACCUCACGCUGCACUGCCACGCGCGCGGGGAUCCCGCCCCACGCGUGUUCUGGAGGCUGCCAGACGGGCGCCUGGUGGAUGCUGGGAGCAGCUCUGACAUCCGGGUCCGCGCCUUUUCCAACGGCACGCUCUCCGUGCGUCCGGUGACGUCACGUGAUGCGGGGGAGUACGUGUGCGUGGCGCGCAACGCGGCGGGCGACGCGCAUGCAUGGCUGCGCGUGGAGUUGAUGGCUGGGCCAGGUGCCUCCUAUCUGCAACCCGGGCUUCCCGUGACCCCCGUGACCCCCGUGACCCAGGACGCCGACCCCAGGGAGGACUGCACUGCCUACCACCGCCUCCAGGUCCCAUCCGGUGUCCUGGGAGACCCGGAUGUUCGGGUCACGAGGCCUGAUGGGAGUCUCUCCGUCCCCUACGGCGCCCCAGUGACCCUCACGUGCCCAGUGACGCGAGGGUCGCGCGCGGUGACGUGGCUGACGCCGGCCUUGCGCCCCAUGGCCUUCACUUCCGGCCCGGAGGACGCCCACUUCCGGGUGCUGCCGGACGGGCGUCUGCGCCUGCGCGGGGUGCGGCGGGCCGACGCAGGCACGUACACGUGCGUGGCGGGGCGGGGCUGGCGCGCCACCGUGCGCCUACACGUGCAGCUGCGGGCGCCGCGCAUCCGGGUCACGCCUUACGUCCAUGACGACGUGAACGACGACAUCCGGGUCUCCCCCGUGGUGCGUCUGCGCGUGCGCUGCCAGGCGGAUGGCGUCCCCGAGCCCCGCCUGCUGUGGGAACUUCCGGGUGGGCUGGUACUUCCAGUCCCGUAUCGCAGUCGCACGGGGGGAGGGAUCAGCGUGGAUGCGCGCGGGACGUUGGAAAUCCCGGAUGUGCGUGCGCUGCACAGCGGUGGCAGCGAUGCCGUGGUGUGCGUGGCGCGCAACCCAGCGGGCAAAGCCCGGAUGUGGGUGCGGCUGCCGCCAUGGUGGGCGCGGGCUCUCCCCCCUGCGGCGUCGGCUCCACCCUCUGAGGCGUUGACUCCGCCUCCUGUUGCGCCGGCUCCGCCCCAUCACGCACCUGCCCCGCCAUCUUGGGCGCUGACUCCGCCCCCUGGUGCGCUGGCUCCGCCCUCUGAGGCAGCUCCGCCCCCUGGCCCGCCUGCCCCGCCAUCUUGGGCGCUGACUGCACCCCCUGACGCACCGACUCUGCCCUUUGAGGCGCUGACUCCACCCCCUGGGGCGGCGCCGGGGGCGGCGCUGCGUGUGGUGCUGGGCGGCAGCUUCCGGCUGCGCUGCCCCACCUCCACGCUUCCGGUGUCCUGGCGCCUGCCCGGGGGGCUGGUGCUGCGUGGGCCGCAGAGGCAUGGCCGCUUCACGUUGGGCGCCGACGGCAGCCUGGAGGUGCGCGCCGCCUCCGAGCGCGACCGCGGCGCCUACAUCUGCCACGCCCACCCCGGGGCGCCGCCCAGACACGACCCCCGUGUGCCAGAGACCCGGAUGUUCAGCUUCAUUCCCGCCACUAGGCCGCUGGGUGCCAUGGCAGGGCAACGGACUGAGGAGACCCUGAUGUGGGGCUUCAUUCCCGCCGGUAGGCCGCGGCGUUCGGUUGCCGGGCAACCAAGUGAAGAUACCAGGACAUUGGGCUCCACCGCAGCGUCUAGGCCUCUGUGUUCGGUUGCCAGGCAACAGACCGAGAAGACCCGGAUGUGGGGCUUCAUUCCUGCCUUUAGGCCGCUGGGUUCGGUUGCCGGGAAAGCGCGUGAGACCCGGAUGUCCGGCUCCAGCAAGACUCCUGGGCCCCAGCCGGAAGAUGACUGGAUGUGGGGCUCCAAACCUGCAUGUGCUGUACAGAAGCUGCAGUCCGACCAGAGGCCACGGAGAGGCUAG